AUGGCAACAUGGGAUGAACUUGAUAACAAAGAUGGAUCAGACAAAGAUGAGGGAGAAGCAAAUCUGGCUCUAAUGGCCAUCACACCCUCAAAGACAAAAUAUGAAUCAACCUUUGAUUCAAAUUCAGAUGGAGAAGAUGAGGUAUUUUCUAAUCUAUCCCAUUCUAAUUUUAUCUCUUUCAUUCAAGAGCCCAUGAGUCGUUGUCAAGAUAAAGCAAGAAUCACGAAGACAUUGAAAAAGGAAUAUGAUCUUCUGAAAGAAGAACUGAAAAUUUAUCAAAAUAAAGUUGAAUCUUUCGAGAAAGAUCACAUUACUCUAGUAAAUACAAUAUCUAAUAAAAACUUGAGUGAGCAUGAGAUAACUCUUCAAGACUUGAUCAUAACUCGUCUUGAAAGGACAAAACAUGCUUCCAUGAUAUAUUUAGUAAGUAAGAGUAAAGGAAAAUGUAUGGGUUACAAUGAGAAAUGUGCUAAUGUUAAAGCUCAACUUAUGAAAACCUCAUAUGCCUCUUUUUCAAGCAAUGCUCAAACAAGGCUGAAAACUUGUUUUGUGCCUGCUUCUAAAAAGGUAGUGAAGAAAUCAGAACCUAACAUUCAAAAGUUAAAGGUUUUGAAGAAUCCAGAACCUAAAAAUCCCAAGUCUAAGGUUCUAAAGAAAGUGGAAUCUAAUACCUAUGAAACGAAGACCCUUAGAAUAUCUUACAUCAAUUUAUUUGGUCAUGUUGGUACUGCUUCAAUCAAUAGGAAGAGGUAUAGAUUGGUCAUUGUUAAUAAUUACAACAGAUGGACUUAUGUUAAAUUCCUCAGAUCCAAAGAUGAAUCAUAUGAGGUAUUCAGCAUCUUCUGCACACAAGUUCAAUCUGAAAAGAAACUAAAAAUUCUAAAAGUCAGAAGUCAUCAUGGUGGUGAGUUUGAAAAUAGGCCUUUUAAGAAUUUUUGUGAUAAACAUGGAAUUAUACACAAGUUCUCUUCUCCUAGAACUCCACAGCAAAAUAGAGUUGUAGAAAGAAAGAACAAAUCAUUGCAAGAAAUGGCUAGAACCAUGAUCCAUGAGAAUCAUCUUCCAAAAUACUUGUGGGCAGAAGUUGUUAAUACUUCUUGUUAUGUUCAUAAUAGGAUCUAUAUCAGACCAAUUAUGAACAAAACAUCAUAUGAGUUGUUUAAAGGAAUAAAGCCAAGCAUAUCUUACUUUCAUCAGUUUGGAUGUACUUGUUACAUUAGGAACAAUAAAGUAUAUCUAAAGAAAUUUGAUGCUAAGGCUCAAAAGGGUAUCUUUUUAGGAUAG